AUGGCCACAACAGAUAUUGUAAAUAUGAUUAGAGAAGAAGACUUGUCAGUUUCCAGAGUUACUCCGUUGGUCGAGCGCAAUAUAAAUGGUUUGAAUGAAUUGGUACAGGUGAUGUUCACGACACAGGCAGCAUCGCCCGAUGUCUCUUGUAAGGAUAAACUUUCGAAAUCACAGAGUAACAAGCUGGUUACCUACCACCGUAGUCUGGAGCGCCUACGUCAGAGAAUCGUUAUAUUGAUUGGAAAUUACAUGCAGCAUGAGACGCGACUCAACGAGCUGCUCGUACUACUCGAUCGUAUCGAUGACAUACUAAAGAUCGUAAAGAUCAUCACAUCCGAGAAUGAAGAGUUGCACUACGAAAUACCAGAGAGCACCAACCAAUCGAUUCAGAGACUCGGUGGUAGCAGUGGAGGAAGCAUGCGUCGUAGUGGCGGUAUCGGUGGUGCCGCUCCAAACAGCGACAACAGCGAUUCCGAUGGUGGAAGUGGAUUCGUACCAUUGGGACCACCUCCACAAGAGUUAUUUGAACAUAAAAAGACAAGACCAAGUAUAUUCCUUUCACUAUUAUCAAAAAAGAGAAGAAAUAGUGAUACAAAUAAUGUUGUAAUUAGUAAUCCAAUUAGUAAUAAUAGAUUAAAUAAUAAUGGCAAUAGACAAAAUAGAAUCAUUAGAAGACAAGUUUCAGAUGAAUCAAUUUCUAGUUCUUCUUCGGAUUCAGAGUCCGAGGAACGUGCUACUACAACUACCACCACAACUACUACCACCACUACAACAAACAAUCAAAAUAAUAAUAACAACAGACAACCAAUAAGACCAUUGAGAAGAUCAUUAAAGAGAGUUGUUAAUACACGUCCUGUAUCAGAGUCUGAGAAUUCAUCGGAAUCGGAAUCGGAAGUUUCCGAGGAGGAUGAAGAAGAAGAAGAUGAUGAUGAUGAUGUCGAUGAAGAUGAGGAAGCCGAUGAGUUGGACUCUGAAGCUACCGAAUUAGGUCGUCGUACAAAGAGUUUGAGUUACUCACCAAGAUUCUUGGGAAGUAACUUCUUGAAACAAGCAUCGGCAGAUAUUCCAACACUUCCAAAAAGACCACCUCCACUUGUCUUACCAGCACUCCGACCAAAACCAACCACUACCACCACCACCACCACCACAACAACAAACAUCAACAUCAAAUCAAUGGCUGAAAAUCUAGAGGAUUUAUUAAGCCAAUUGGACGGUGUAAAUAAUAAUAAGAAUUUAAGUGCUAGUAUCGAUGGCGCCGAUAUUGGUGUUAUAAGAAAGAGACAUUCUAUUUCAACUACCGGACUCCAAGGUAAACCAGCUGGCAACCUGACAAGAUCAAAAUCAGGUACCAAGACCAAACCAGUCGUUGGUAAAUUGGAGCUCCACAGCGAACUCAAGAGAGAAGUAAAGCGUAGAAAUAGAGUAAAUGUUGAUAGUUUAUCAGCAUUCAAGCAAGACUUGCGAUCAGAAGUUCAAAGAAGAAGAAGAGUGUCUAGAGUUGCACAAUCAGACUCUGAGGACGAUGAAUCAGAUGAUGAAGACAGACCAACCACCACCACCACAACAACCACCACCACAACUAACAACAACAAUAUUAAUUACAAACGACAAUUCAAAGUUGGAAAUAAUAGAGAGAGUUUGACAAGUGCUGAAGUGGAGACUAUUAUCAAGUCACUCUACGAUUCCUACCACUCGUCAGACUACGACUCAGAGUCGGAAGAUGAAGAGCCAAUUCAACCAUCGGCAGUCAAGAGAUGGAUGUCAUACCAUGGUAAGCAUGCUGGAUCGAGCAGCAGCAGCAGCACCAUCAGUGUUGCUGCCGACACUGGUCCCAAGAAGCUCGACACCCCAGUAGAAUGUAAGAUUUGCUACUGUGAAUAUGAAAUGUCGAAUGAAGUACAUGCCUUCCGUUGUGGACAUCAAUACUGUGUCGACUGUAUCAAGCAAUUCUUGACCAAUCACAUCGUAGAGGCAAGAGUGUUGGAUCUUCUUUGUCCAUUCCCAGCAUGUCGCAGAGAGAUCACCGAGGAUGAAAUUCACAAGUUUGUAGACGAGCGUAUUUGGACGAAAUACCAAAAGUUCUCGAUGAUUGCCUCGAUCAAAGCAGAGCCAAUCAAGUGGUGUCCAACCCCCGAUUGCGACACCUACGUUCUGGGCGGUAGCUACGAGAAUCCAGUGUUGAACUGUCCAAAGUGUCACCAUGAGUUUUGCUACAUCUGUGGUGAAGAGGCACAUCCAGGUUACAAGUGCGGUGAGGAAGCACACUCACUCCAGGGUCGCAAGGAAAAGUCAGUGUCCGUCGCCAAGAACCAGUUUGACGAGUGGGUCAGUUCGAAUACGUUCAACGUCCAGCAGUGUCCAAAGUGCAAUGCUUUCAUCGAGAAGAACGAGGGUUGCAAUCAUAUGACCUGUCAGAACUGCCAGCAUCAAUUCUGUUGGCUGUGCAGAAACGACUACUUUGCCGGUCACUUUAUGGAUACAAACUUCCCGGACUGCUACGACAAACAAUACUAUACACCCAUGUACAACUACGUGCCACCUGCACCAGCCAGACCAAGAUACCGUUCAAAGAAGGCAAGAAACAUUGCAAUCGGUGUAGCUGCAUGCACUGUCGGUCUACCACUUCUACUGGUCGGUAGUGCCAUCUACGGUUGUGUACGUCUUCACAAGCAUCUCGGUAGAAGAAGAGAAGAAAGAAGAGAAGAGAGAAGAAGAAGAAGAAACAACUAUGUAUAUUAA